GAUAUCAUCUUGUGCCGUGAUUUAUCUCUCUUAACAAAUAAAUCACCCGAAAGCCCUUUCAGCUUCAUCGGAUUAAAUAGCGAAGUCAUUAUGCCAUGUAACCAGGCCCUUCUCAACUUCAUCGGAUGAUCGGAUUAAGUCGCAACGUCCCUAUUCCAUGAAACCCUUGAACCAGUUUCAUCUUGUAUCGCCAUUGCCUUUUCUCUGUGAAAUCACUUCGCUUCCUCCCUUCGCUGCAUCAUUCCUAUCUCUUCUUUGCGCCUUGAAACCCUAAAACGAAUCAUUCACGGUUUUGAUCGUGUUGCUCCCUUAUCUUGCUUGCCUUGCCGCAUUUCCUAUCGCCAUUAAGAAGCGAAAAGCUUGCGAUCCAGCGAAGCAGCACUUGCAUUAAACCCUAAAACUCAGGGAUUAUAGGGUUUGAUCGAAGAAUGGCGAGUUCUCUAGACAUGUCGCUUGAUGAUAUUAUAAAGAACAACAGAAGAAGCAGCAAUGUUGUGAGAGGCCGAGUUCCAGGCCGAGGUCGAGGCCGAGGUCAAACCAGAGGAGGUGGAGUAAGGGGUCGAGGAAGAGGACCUCUUAGGUUGAAUCCUCGACCUUCUUCAUAUUCAAUCGCAAAGUCUUUCAGCAGAACAAAGGAUAUGAUAUGGCAACAUGACAUGUUUGAGGAUAGCAUGAUUGCUGCCGGGCUUACUGGGAUUGAGUCUGGUACAAAAUUAUAUAUUUCAAACCUGGACUAUGGGGUCUCAAAUGAAGAUAUAAGGGAACUCUUUUCAGAAAUUGGGCCCAUCAAGAGGUGUGCAGUGCAUUAUGAUAGAAGUGGUCGAUCCAGUGGCUCGGCAGAGGUAGUCUUCACCAAGAGAAGCAAUGCUUUAGCAGCUGUCAAGCGAUAUAAUAAUGUUCAAUUAGAUGGGAAGCCCAUGAAAAUAGAACUCAUAGGGACCAAUUUGGGCAUGCCUGUUUCAGCUCGUGUGAAUGUCACUGGAGGAGCUGGAAGGGGAAGGAGGACUGUUGUUAUGACGCCUGAAUUUGGUCCAAUGCCAGGGGUGGUUUCUGGUGGCCAUGGCACAAGAUGGGGCCGUGGUCGAGGAGGUUUCCGGCGUGGUGGACGAGGAGGACGUGGGCGUGGAGUGGGAGGUCGAGGUCGUGGACGAGGCCGUGGAAGAAAUCAGGCUCCUCCUCCAAAAUCAGCUGAUGAAUUAGACAAGGAGUUGGAAAGUUAUCAUGCAAAUGCCAACUAAAAGCAUCAGCCUGCUCAGUUUCCUUUUUAACCUGUGAAGAAGACCAACUUCGUUUGCCCUUUUAGUUUCUUGAGAAGGAUUAAGGCAUAUCUUCAUUUACCAACCAACAAAAAAAAAACAGUAGUAUUACUUCUCCAUUUUGGGUCAGCGGAUAAUUUUCCAUGUGUAUUAGCAUCUUUUAGUGAUUGGUUGCUAGAUUGAAAUAUGAAAAAGUAGACAGCAGAGAACAGUAUAUGAACUUUUUUGAGAUUAGCUUUGAGGCAUUGUUGCUGAUGAUUUCUGCCAGGUUCCACAGGUUACUGUGUAUGGAAAUCUAUUUCUAGAGAUUUUACCAAAAUAGAUUUUUACUUUUUUUGUUUAUCCUUUAUUUUACCACUAGAAAUGGGCGUGAUGAUUUUUGUUUCA